UCAAAUUCAAGAUAAUCAGAAUCAAAAACUAAGAAACACACAACAACAAAAAUGACUAGAUCCAUCUCUUUGUGUCUCUUCUUCUUCUUAUUCAUUUCUUGGAUUCCUAAGCUAAUCACAAGCUACCCUCUCUCCACAAAAUCAAGAUGGAUCGUGGAUGAGAAAGGCCAAAGGGUGAAGCUAGCCUGCGUGAACUGGCCGGCGCAUCUCCAGCCCGCGGUGGCUGAAGGGCUAAACAAACAACCAUUAGACUCCAUCUCCAAGAAAAUUGUCUCAAUGGGAUUUAACUGCGUUAGGCUCACUUGGCCUCUUGAUUUGAUGACUAAUGACACGUUAGCUCGCAAUGUUACCGUCAAACAGUCUUUUGAAAGAUUGAAUCUGCUUGAUGAUGUUCUUGGCAUUCAAACUCACAAUCCCAAAAUCCUUAACCUUCCCAUAUUCAAUGCAUUCCAGGAAGUGGUAUCGAACCUUGGACAAAACGGAGUAAUGGUGAUACUAGACAACCACUUGACAACGCCAGGAUGGUGUUGCAGCGACAACGACCUCGACGCCUUCUUCGAAUACCCUAACUUUGAUCCUGUCAUCUGGACCAAGGGAUUGAGCAAGAUGGCUUCUCUUUUCCGCAAUGUCACUAAUGUCGUUGGCAUGAGCCUUAGGAACGAACCACGUGGUACCAGAGAUUACCCUAACCUCUGGUUCAAGUACAUGCCAAAAGGAGGAGAAGCAGUACACGCAGCAAACCCUGAAGUACUAGUCAUCCUCUCCGGCAUCGACUACGACACAAACCUCUCUUUCCUCCGUGACCGCUUCUUCAACGUCAGCUUCACCGACAAACUCGUCUUCGAGCAACAUUGGUACAGCUUCUCCGACGGUCGAGACUCGUGGGUAAAGCACAACUCUAACGAUUUCUGCGCAAAAAUCAUCGAGAAAGUAACACAUAACGGAGGAUUCUUGAUCGGGAGAGGUUUUCCUUUGUUCUUGACUGAGUUUGGGGCUAACCUGAGAAGCGGUGACGUUAGCGGAAACCGGUAUAUGAAUUGUUUGGUGGCUUGGGCCGCGGAGAAUGAUUUAGAUUGGGCGGUUUGGGCAUUAACCGGAGAUUAUUAUUUGAGAACCGGUCAAAAACAUAUGGUUGAGACUUUUGGCGUUUUGGCUCCUAAUUGGAAAGACGUCGCCAACUCUACUUACCUGCAAAAACUCUCCGGAAUUCAACUUCCAGUUAGAGGACCCGGUUUACAAUCCAAAAAACUUCUCUUCCACCCAACAACCGGCCUUUGCGUCACCAGUAAUCUCUCAAACAAUUCACCUACACUUCGAUUGGAACAAUGCCGUAAAGCCGAGCCAUCAACCUUUAAUCCCAGUGAAGGUAUUCUCUGGAGUAACAAAAUGUGCGUCGAGGCUCCAGAUGCUGUUGGACAGAAGGUGAAGCUUGGAGCUGGCACUAAGUGCUCUAAGUUGGGACAAACCUCAGCUACUCACAUGCAUUUGUCGUUUAAGACAAAUAAUGGUUCGUUGAUAUGUCUUGAUGUGGAUGAACUUGACAACAGCAUCGUCGCUAACCCUUGCAAGUGUUUGACCAUGGAUGCUUCUUGUGAUCCAGCGAGUCAAUGGUUCAAAGUUCUUUAAAUUAUAUUAUCUAUGUUUUUAUUUUGGAGAAAAUGCAUUUGUAAUGGUUCAAAGUUCUUAAAAUCGCUCAUGAUUGUAACACUUUCUUAAAUUAUGUUCAUCGUAAUAAUUUUUUUAAUUCAAAAAUAAAAUUUCACGAUUGAAAGUUUUGGUGUCAAAAUACCUAAUGGCAGAUUAAUUAAUCAUCAAGUUUCAAAUACAGAAAAGUGACAAUGCUGGUUCAAUAAAAUAAUAUUUAGUGAUAAAAAUAUACAUUCAUACAAAGUACAUUUAGUAUAGUGGUUCAUACAAGAGAUUACUCUUCAGAAAUUAUAAUUCGAAAAUAAAAUAUUGGAUGAUUACUUGCCCUGUUGCUCAUCAUGAAUAUAAUUGUUUGGUAGACUUCAACAAACUACUACUAAAAUGGAUCGUUAAAGAGUAUUGGGCUACGACGACUAAAACAAAGUGGGCUUAGAGUUGAAGAAAGUGAGGCCCAUAUUGGUCGUUACAUGAUAUCUUAAACUCGCCACGUGUCAGUCAACUUAGCCACUGAGAAUUCUCCAGAUUAUGUGAGUCCAUCUGACAAGUCUACGGUCUGAAUAAAAGAACUGUCGGAAAAUUAACAAAGAACA